AAGUUGCACCAAGAUGACAGGGAUUAUCAUCGCACACAGACCUUUCACAUAUUUCCCCAACAUAUCUGAUCGAAUUGCUGAAGAAUAAUAUCGAAGGUACGAUAAGUGACGAAGAUGAAGCUCUUCUUCUCCGAGUGUGCACAGUCUUCGACACGAAUUCCUUCGAAACCGCAGCCCAAAAUUCGGAGACAUUAGCACUUACGAGCUUACGGGGUUUGUAUCCCAUGGGAUGUUUGCAAAACCAUUGUUGCGUUCCUAAUACCAGACAUCAUUUCGAUGCAAAUCAGAAGAUGUACGUUAGUGCAGCAAUACCGAUUAGAGAAGGAGAAGAGCUUACCAUGAUCUACAGCGACGUUUUAUGGGACACCAUGUUAAGAAGACAAUAUCUUGCGAAAACGAAGCACUUUCACUGUACGUGUAGUCGAUGUUCCGAUCGAACGGAAUAUGGAACCUUAUUGGGGGCCUUAAAAUGCGCCGGUUUGCAAUGCGAUGGGAUACUUCUUCCAAAUGACCCAUUGGAUUUUAACACGUCAUGGACUUGCAAUCAGUGCCGUUUAAUCAUCUCAGGUCGACAGAUUAAAUCAAUUCAAACGGGACUAGGAUCGAUCGUCCAAGAAAUGACUUACGAAAAUCCUAAGAAAGUUUUUAAAUUUCUCCAGAAAGAACUUCCAGUAUUGGUACCGUCGUCAAAUUAUAUUGCUAUGGAUUUGAAAUUUCGCAUUGUUUCAUAUUUCGGAAGAGUUGAAGGAUUUUCUUGGAAAGAGUUAUCGAAAAUGGAGCUCAAGUUUAAAUUGAAUUACUGUAAGGAUUUAUUGACCUUACUUGAUACUUUAGGCUGCGGCGACUGCAAGAAAAAAGGAUUGAUUAUGUACGAGUUAUAUUGCACAAUCAUGGAAGAACGCGCACGAGAUAAAGCUAAUUUAGACAUCCAAAAUGAGUCUACGGAAAUACAGAGUGAUUUGGAGAGCAGCACGCUGCUUUUACAAAAGGCCGUUCAGAUACUGCAGAAUGACAUUACAGUUCCUGACGAUUAUAACAAAGAGGUGGAAAGUCUACAGACAAAAUUGAGCAUUUUAUAGUUUAUAACGAUCUUGAAAUGUAGGGAA